UUGUUGCGCAGCUCUCAGGUCAGCUGGUAGCACCUCCGACCACAGACGGGAGCGAGUUUGUUGAAUCAUGCGUGUUGACAACGGAACUAAACCACCGUGGUCGGUAAGCCUACAAAAUACGACCAGAAGCGCUCUUAACAUUGCCCAGGAAUGAAUGAAGCGAGUGCACGCUUCAGAACUGCGACUAUCUGAAGAAGCUUUCAAAGUUGGGAGCAUAUUUUCGGGAGAUUCGCUGCUCUCUCGGACAGCCACUUUCUUCAGCGUCUGGUUGAAUCCAGAUUUGCGCUUCCACCAACACACCCCCCCCAAACAAAAUCGGAGACUCGACGAUUGGGAACAUAAAUGAUGAAGUUUAAGCCCAACCAGACCAGGACUUACGAUGGCGAGGGGUUCAAGAGAAGAGCGGCGUGUUUGUGUUUUAAAAACGAAAAAGAGGACGAGGUGCUACUGGUGAGCAGCAGUCGCCAUCCAGACCAAUGGAUCGUGCCAGGAGGAGGCAUGGAGCCCGAGGAGGAGGCCUGUGGGGCCGCCGUCAGGGAGGUCUACGAAGAGGCGGGUGUGAAGGGCAAACUUGGCAGACUACUCGGGAUUUUUGAGCAAAAUAAAGACGGAAAGCACAGGACGUACGUCUUCACCCUCAUAGUGACGGAAACACUGGAAGACUGGGAGGACUCUGUCAAAAUUGGAAGGAAGAGGAAGUGGUUCAAAGUUGAUGAAGCCAUCAGGGUGCUGCAGAGCCACAAGCCUGUCCAUGCAGAGUACCUACACAGGCUCACAAGCACCCGUAACCCCCCCUGUGGUCCUGUGUGUAGCCCGACUAAAGGCAACACCCCGAGCUCCCAAGUGACGGACAACAACACGUCUCACUAUGUUGUUUGCUCCACACAGGGCUCAGAUCUAGCCAACAGAUAGGACCAGCACCACCAGCAGCAAGCACUUCUUUUGAGAGGACAACGCGAUGGACAUCUGGGAAAGACUUCUGCUUUGAUUGCAUUACUAAAGCAGCCUCUUAAUAUGUACAGUAUGGACUUCCUUUAAGUUGAUUUGAAACCCAUUUUUUAGGGAGUGCCAACAGGUUUUCCAAGUAUAUUUAAGAUUUUAUAUGUAUAUUUUUUAAUAAAUCUCAACAGCUAAUGGAGCAAAUGUUUCCUUUAAAAGCAUUCAGCUUGAGAUGGAUUUUCUCAGUGAGCUGCUUCUGCAGUGUAGGUCCUAUUUAGCCUUUAAUGCACAAUAUUUUACCAGCAGUGCACAUAAGUAUUUGGGUUGUUUCUUGGGAAGUGUUUGCCCUUAGAGGAAGUCAUAUACCCACAGUGACUCGGUGCCAAUUAAUUCCCCUCUUCAAGAUGUUUUUGAAGAGGAACGGUUACAUGUGAAUGAGUCACUUUUUACAAUUCAUUUUUUUGUGAAUUGUUUGGGCAUGUUUGGGAAGCAAGACCUAAUGUCACCUGACUACAUCUCAAGUCUUGUAAAGUAUUUCUGUAUUUGUAUAAGUGUGAACAACAUUGCUCCUCCUAUAAUUACCAGUUUACAAGUACACACAGUGUUAUCGCUAAUCACUAGUAACAGUGUAAUGCUGUCAUAAAGAUUAGGCUUUAUACCAGCCACCACACUAAAAUAGACUUAAAUUCUUCUUCAAGCAUCCUUUUGUUUGUAUAUAUAGUUAAUGUUGUCAGGCUGAAUGUUAAAUUGAACAAAGAACAGCGUAUUGGUAGGUAGAUAAAUACCAGCUGCUGUAUAAUGGAACGGAGCUGCAGUCAGCAAAUUCAAAACUAGCAAAUGUGCCAAAGUUCAUACAAGAACUAAUACAUGUCUGCAGAAGACACUAUGAUUAUAAAGUGCAUUUGACAAAUUGUCCUGUCAAUGUUUGGGCUGAGAGGCCUUUUGUUUUACCGGAGAAUUGCAAUGUGCUUUAGUCUGAGUCUUCUAAGUGCCUUCACAAACAAUAGUGUUUAGUUGUGUUUAGUUUCUACAAGACACUUUACACCCAGCAGCCCUUACUGGAAGCGGUACAAUCUGCACUUACACACAAUGUCGAUAGCAGACCCUAUAUUUCUUGGCUGUGGUUGGAUUCCAACAAUUGGAUGUUGAAGGAAUUGUUACAAUUUCAUGUACAGUAUUUAGUUUGCAUUGAUUUUAUUUAUUUGUUUCAAAGGGAAACACUCCCUACCAUCAUGAACAGGAAACUAUGACCGGAAGUCAUAGUCAGUGUGCCAGACUUCUUUUGUCAGUGCAACGUAUGUUAUAAACUCAGUUUAUUGAAUAUCAUUGGCUCUUCUUGAUAAAUCCUUUUUUUUUUUUUCUAUUUGUUUUUGUGACUGGAAUUUUCUGCAGUGUGCCAUGGUGUUGUAUAUAAAACCUUUAAAUUAAAAAAAAAAAAC